GUUGGGGGCUUAGUUUGGAGGAAGUGAUGGAAACCUAGCAAAUCAGGUGUGGGAAUUCAAGUCCCAACAUAUGCACUGUCAUGUGAUACUUUAAGCACACUUUUCAGUCACAGUUCAAACGUCACAAAUUCCACAUUAUGGAUUAGAUCGUGGAAGUCAGACUGGAUGGGACUGUGUUCACUGAGAGUGUUCACUUUUGCGAGGCUUUUCUCUGCUGCGACGAGAAGCUUUGGAUGGACCAACUUAAGAAACAGUUUCCGAUGCGGAAGCUUCGAAUCACUUCUCACUAAUUGACAGGGGUAGAUCGUAGCGGAAACAGAAGUGCUGUAGCAGGGUGAAAUUUAGAGAUUCUUACUUAGUGGUCGGUGCUGGGAUUUCAGCCGAUAAGUAUGUGAUCUAAGGUCUUCUUCCCCACAUUCUUCUGAAUUCUGAAAAGCUUGCAGCUGGGGCAGCGGAGGGUCACAUUGGCACUUUGAUUACACAAUGAUCUGAGGAGAGGUCUGCGAGCACUCACUAAAUGCUCGAUUAUUGCAACCCAGAUGUGAAGUUGGGGCAGGGCGAGCGCUUUGGGUUCCGAAUGAGGGAGGUUGGAACAUAGUUUUCUUUUUGUCUUUUUCUUUUUUGACACAGCCGGGGUAUACCCUAUGCAUUGACUAGUGGGGGAGUUGGAACGGAGUUUUGAUGUGCGGACCAUCCACACUGUGAAAUCGAUAGAGAAGAGAAUCAACUGAUGCAGCAUCUCAGAUCUAAUUCAUUAUUUUUAAGUAGAUCUGUGGAGAUUGCCAUGACAAGCAUGAGCUCAAGUGGUUCUAGUCUAACAAUUCAGGGGACAAAAUCUCGAGCUCUAUUUGUGGCAGUCAUUUCGUUUUACAUAACUCAGUCCGCUGCAAUAACAGAUGUGUACAACAGCACCCUGUUGAACCAGCCUGGAGUAGUUGGGGUUUGGAGAUGGAACGGCAAGGAUAAGUACAGGCCUCCCUCCGACUUCCGCGAUGAAACCGCCCGCAAUUUCUACAAUCUCUGGCCAGAAGACAACGACGACUAUCCCUUCAGGUUUCCUUGCGAGGACAGGAAAUCCAGGCUGAUGCUGAGUAAUUUCACCUACUCCAUGAAUGAAGGUCUCGUGCAAUCCCUGUUAUACCAUGAUCUCGGCAUAGUCGAUCAAUAUCGACCGUACUGGCGAAGACCUACGACUUCCUGCUUUGGUUGUGCAACAAAUUUGGUGGGAUAUCCUGCCAUAUACUGCGAGCGUGGUGAUCUUACCUACCUAUAUUACUACAGGGCAAAGAAGACGGUGUUCCAGGGUGUGAUUUUCGGCGUCAUCAUGGUGGUCGUCCUGCAAAUUGCAUUUGUCACAAUUUGUCUAGUUAUCCCUUUUUAUCUACUACACCGAUCACGAUCGGAGGGCCAAACCAGGGUCGUAGCUCGCAGUACAGCAAAGCAUCUGAAAGACCUUACAUGGGGUGGUACAUGUGUUGAGUAUUUGCAUCUCAUAACUCUGGGAGCGGCGGGCUACCUUUUAGUUGAAGGCUUCGGCCACAGCGAUCCCCACAACUGGCGAGCUUCGAUAAUGAAUACCUUGGCGUACUACUACCGGGUGCAGACAGCUUGUGCAUUCGUGUCUUCCUUUCUGCGUCAGUGCGCUAACAGCAUGAAGUUGAUCUCUGAUGGGGAAGGCUUUAAGACAAGCUCCCACGACAAGCACAGGGAAACGCUCAUUGGCCAAGUGGUGGUCUGCAUAAUUAUGGUGGAAUACUUGUACUUGACCGACGAGCUCUAUAUGGAAUUUAUGAUCCAAGUAGUGCUUGGUGUUGUCACCGUUGCUGUCACAUUUUCAAUGAGCGUUGUCAUUUUUGUCGGCGGCAAAUCGUUAAGGUACAUCGUGAAAACUCUUUUGAAUAAAAAAAAAUCUCAAGUUGCCUUCACGAUGGGCCAUGAUCCAGCUGCAGGUUCACAAACUUCUCCCAGCAACUCGGCUCCGUCGCCGGCCCCCGAUCCAGUCGCAGGAUGUCCACAAACUCCACCCAGCAACUCGACUACAUCGCCAGCCCCUGAUCCAUCCGCAGCGUUUCCACAAAUCCCACCUAGAAGCUCGACUACGUCACCAGCCCCCGAUCCAGCCGCAGGAUGUCCAAAAGCUCAACUAGGCGUCUCCACUCCGUCGCCGCCGGAUCCAUAAACGUUACUACGAUUAAACUGGAUUAUGAGAGGAAUAAUAAUAUUGCCAUAAUCUAGGGGGGGGGGGAUAUAUUUUAGAGCUUUACUGUCCUCAUUCCAGCACACUUGGUCCCCUCAUAUCCACCUUUCAGAGCCAUGACAUGCAUUUGUGAAAGAUGCCUUUCUUGCUCGAGUUCGCUCUUUCGUAAGAUGACCGAUAGAAGCGCUACAAUGAAUUAGACAGGGAAAAUUCUUACCAGAACAACGGCAACACUGUGAUCCAGAACAAAGGCAGGGAACCACAACUAGUUUUUUUUCGACUUUGACAUCUGGGUAAAAUAUCUCAAGAAUUGAAUCAAGAAUGCCUUAGACGACUUCCUUGCUAUUCGGCUGGGCAGCUUGGAAUCGUGGGUGGAUCAUGGGGAUGGAUUCGCCACAGCUCUGGUGAUCAAGGUCUACGACCUUAAUUCACAACCAGAGUGAAUAAACCAUGGUGCACUCGGACACCCAGAAUAUGAAUAGGCCAGGACAACAAUCACUCCAACGCACCAAUGCCACAGAAGUGCUCUCGUAAGGACUCCAAUUUUCUUCAUGAAUAACCACACAACAUAAGCAAUACUGUUCAGCGAAUCAGGGCGACCCUACAGCACUACAGAUUUACUCACCAUGAAAUGAUCCCCAGGGGCGCUUGGCGACGUGGCUAUGCAUCUGAACGGUCAAAGUUCCUAUUCCAUCGAUUAUAUCUCAAAAGCGGCACUGAAUACAGCGGAAAGUCGUCCAGAUUUCAUCGAUUCGUCAGGCAGGAUCGGCUGUAUUAGAAGGUUCUUACGCGUCAGAUGACUAUCUAAACUUGGCAGUCUGUUUGUAGAGACCUCAUCUGGGCUUGAAUUAGGGGAACUGUGCACGUUGUUCCAGUUGGAUCAGGUCCGCCACUGCAAUCACAGACUCCUCCAGAUCGGGUCCGUCAGUACCCAGGCAGUUCCUCGCGUUAGUUGCGGCUCAGCGAGGGUCAUGCUGCAGCUCACAAAUGUAUCAUUGCAUGAAUGGCUUCGCUCAGAUCUUGUUUGUGUCGACAACCAUCGCGUCGACGCUGAAUGGCGGCUUUUUCCAUGAAUCCUCCGCCAUUUGUACAGACUUUUGCUAGAUUUCUAGUGGUAUUUGAAGGCUUGAAACUUGAUGACAUACUAUCAAGGGCUGAAAAAAAAUAGUAUAUUGCUUAAUAAAUUAGUACUAUUCUUUUGGCUGUAGAAAAUGAGGGAAUUGGUGAAAAGAAUAAAAAAUCAAUGUUUGUAUUAAGAAGAUAGUAUUAACUAAAAGCAAUAUAAGUCCUUAUUUUUA